UCCGGUCGGCGGUGGCGGCGCGGCGGCGGCUGGAAUGUAGCCUCGAGCCGUGAGGAGGGGCGGGCAGGGCGCAUUCCGGAGCCCUACCUACCUAGCGAGCGAGUCCGCAGCCGCCUACCCGCCGGCUGGUUGGCGCGGCGGCCGCCAGGGCGCAGCGGCGGCGCCAGCGCCCGCGUGCGCGCCUCCCACCCUCCUUCCUCCGUUCCUCCUGCUCCUCCUCCUUCGUCCGCUCUCUUUCUGCGCCUCUCUACGUCUCCGUCCCGCCGCAUUCCUCCGCGGCCGUGUGUGUGUACGUACGUGUGUGUGUGUGAGUGUGUGCGUGAGGCGGCGGUGUGGGCCCGCGCCCGCCGGCCGCCGCGUCAGUCCAGCGGGGCUGUGCUGCUGCCUGGUUGGCUGGUUCGCCGGUCGGCCGGUCUCUGCGUACCGCGGCUACUGUGCGUGCGUCUCCAGUGGCGCGCGCGCCCGCUGUCUGUGCGCCGGCGUCGACACGCUCCCGCCGUGCCUGCGACAACAAUAACAACAACAACAAACAACCGCGAGCCGGCGCCGCUCUCGCGUUUCUCGUGUGCCGCGUUCUCUCUUCUCUGCCGAGGUGGUGCUACCGCGUCGAAAAUCAGUGCGCGUCACACAUUUCCGCAUCGACUAAAAUACAAUUUUUUUUUAUCAUUGCUUGAGAAGUGACAGCGCAAAGCUGCCUCCACAGUUCGUUCUCCACACUGUACCUACUUGACUUUGUGUAGUGUUUUGACCGCAGUGAUUACUGGCAGUUGUGACCGACGAGGUGGAAUGACAAACUGUGAGGAUAUUUCCGUACGCCGACCGUCAUUCGAGGAGCUCCGGCACUGAAGAAAACUUUCCAAGCAUACUAACACAGCUGAAAGGACGGAGUGACGUGGUCGGCUACAGGGAGGGCCCAGCAUCAACCCAGCACCAUCACAGCGACCUACUGCAGUAGCCGGCGCGCCUGCGAGCGGGCAGCGUGCGCGCCCGCGCCGAGCGCCGCGGCUGCCGGGAUGUAGCAUGCAGCAUUGCACCGUCAGCGCGCCCGUGCACUCCUGCAGCCCUGCCAGCCUCGCCGCCAGCGCCAAGUACGCCGCCGUAGAGCUCCUCAACAAGCAGCGACUAUACUUCGUCGUCGAGGUGAAGUCGAGAGCAAAGGAACUGUACAAGCAGACAUGCGCUCACCUGUCCUCUCAGGGAAUGCUGGACACAGAACUUUUCGGAUUGGCUAUCGUUGUUGAUGGCGAGUUCCUGUUCGUGGACCCGGACAGCAAGCUGUCCAAGUACGCGCCCAAACACUGGAAGUCUUCACAUGGACACGGUUUGGACGGCAAUGGAAGACCCUCUCUCGUGUUGUACUUCAGAGUCCAGUUCUACGUGGACAGUCCAUUGUUGCUCAGGGAUGAGGAGACUCGACACCAUUACUACCUGCAGCUGCGCCACAAUGUUGUGUCCCGCGGCCUGCUGCACGCCUGUGCCAGCGAGGAGCUGCUCUACCUGCUGGCGGGGCUCGCCCUGCAGGCGGACCUCGGCGAUUACAACCCACAGCAGCACACGGGUGCCUACUUCAGCGCAGCAGAAUACUUCCCGAAGCAGAUGGUGGAGAAUUCGGAGCAGCAACUCGUGCAAACAGUUCCCACUCUACAUCGCGACAACCGUGGAAUGGGACGGGCGCGGGCGGAGUUGCUGUACAUUCGUGAGGCCUCCUCGACAGAGGUCUCACCACUUACACACAAUUCGCACCUCUACCGCCUUCGAUAUAAGAAGAAUGAGCAGGGCCCUGGCACUGUCUGGCUUGCCAUUACAGCCAAAGGCAUUCAGAUUUAUGAGGAAAUCUCUGCAAAGACAUUGACGGCAACAUUCUUGUGGAAUAAUAUAGGAAAACUGUGUUUUGAUCGUAAAAAAUUCGAAAUCCGAGCUCUAAACUGGCCAACAUCUGGAGAAAAGUUUACAUAUUACACCAGCAGUGAUGAGAAGAGUAAACAUUUGCUGUUCCUAUGCCGAACAACACAUCAAUUUAGUAUGGCAAUACAACCACGGCUGUCAGAGGUGCGGCGGAAAGAAGAAGAAGAACGCAAGAGAUUUCGUGACUGGGUGAGUGCGGGUACGUGCAAAGCAGAUCAACGCACCUCUGUCAUCAGCAAUACCUCCUCCAACACAACAUCAGGAAUUGUGUCAGAUCGUGUACAUAGUCUUGAUGAAAGUGAAGAUGAGUUGGAGGGUGAAAUCAUGAUCACGUCACCCCCUGCGCCUCUUCUGACUCCUACUGCACCACCUUCUGUUGAGUCACUUGCUCUGGCGCACCUCCGGGAUGACGACUCUGAUGCUCCACCUUCACCUCCACCAAGAGGGAGCUCAGAGGAGACGGACCAUACUGGCAUGGCUUCUGGUCUGACGCGCAGUCAUCAGAAGACAUCUCCCAACAGUAGUGGAGGAGGAGGAGGUGCUGCAACCCCUGCCACAACAGAUGGCAGUCAGUGUUCGAGUUCCUGUUCCACUGUUGUGGUUGCGGGACCAGCACCUCCUGCCAGACCUCGCCGUGCAUCGACGUCGUCAAGCCUGGAGCUCGGUUUCUCACAUACGGCACAGAAUUCGGCAGUCUCAGAACCUGCAACCUCAGUGGGUGGUGUGCUACCAGCACCCAGCACAUUGACAGCUGGGACAACGACUGUGGCUUUGGACUAUUCGGUGAGGAGUGCUCACACCAGCAGUGGUGUUUACACUCUGACAACAAGUGCAGGGAGUCGUCCGGGCACACCUGACUCAUGUGUGAGUGCAGCUUCUUUCCGAGGUGAUGGUAGCGAUCCUCCUGCUGCCCCACCUCGAUCACCUCUGAGUGCUGCUGAGUUGUCGCACCUCAUCAUGUCCGGCAGACCUGCACUGGAUGAUCCUCCCACUGUUGAUGCCAGUGAGUCGUUCACGGUUCUGGACACGCCUGAAGUGCCACCUCCUGUGCCUCCUCUUCCUCCCCCUGAUCCAGCACCACCUCCUCUUCCCCUUCCAGCAGAGCCACUGCCCAGCUUGACGGGCAGCGGGGAAGUAGCAGCGCGGCUUGUGACAACCCGGCCACACAUCUCAGUGCUGACAGCACAUGCCAGUGUAGCACCACCUGCUGCUGCUCCCAGCUAUGCUGCUCCAACACACACUACUAGCUGUCACCGCAUUAUGGAUAAAAUGAAGGUGCAAGCAGCUCAGCAGUUUCAAGUUCAUCUUCAUCAACAGCAGCAGCAGCAGCAACAAAUUGUCCCAGUUCAAUUAACUGUUGGACGGAACAAUUAUUUGGAUGUACAUGCCUCUCGUGCCAAUGCAAAUGCUGGUUUAAUACAUGCUUCACUUUCAAGAUCAACUCUUGCACUCUCUGGCUGUGCAUCAUCACCUUCACCAGGUUCAUCUUUUUCUGCCACUGGAAGUGCUGCAUUGCUCAGGUCUACAGUUGCAACUGCUGCAACAUCCCCUGGUUCCUCCUAUUCUGGUGGUAGCUCAAGCCGUUGUCAGUACACCACAGGACUGGCAGGCUUGCCACUCGGUCAGGAACACCGAGGCUUCAGUAUGGGAAGUCGUAUUGGUUACUUGGGAGGCUCAACUGGGGCUUUGCACCGAGCUGCUGCUGCAACAGGAUUGUCAUUCUCGGCUACUGGAUCAGCAGGCAGCUGUGGUCGUUUGCCACCUCCGCCUCCUCACCUCCACGCUCGUCGUUUUUCUCCACCACCGCCGCCAUUACACCCCCGACAGCCGCCACCACCACCACCUCCUUCAUCUUCUAGCCUUGCAACUGUAUAUACAUCACAGGUAACACGGGGUCAGAUUGAACAGUUCCGUCAACAGAUGUUUUCAGAUGUGGAUUAUGUAAUAUAUCCAAUGUGUGAUCCAGCCCUGAGUCGACAAGAGUAUGCUGAUGCUAAGGCAGCGAGUACACUCUCUUUGUUAUCACUCUCUUCCACCUCUGCAUCUGCUUCUCGCCAGGCUGUAGCUGCACCUCCACCUCCACCUCCAUAUGCCUGGGGCAGUGGCCUCCCAGGUUCUGGCCAAGGUUUACGCCGUGGCUUUCCUGCGUAUUCUUGCUCAACGGAGAGUCUGCUGGGUCCACCGACACUGUCACGACCACUCCAUCAUCAGAGUGCAGCUCGGUACCAGUAUGCCCCAUCUUCUCAUCGUGCCCUUGGUGGAGAUAUAUUGCGAGGGGCACGCUCCCAUGAAGAUCUGUUGGGAUGCUCAACAGGCAUUUCAGCAAUAUGUGCACCUCAUACGUAUGACAGGCCAGUGCCUGCACCACCACCCGUAACCCACGGUUAUCGUCGACUUCCACCUCCACCGCCCCCUCCGCCCUAUGACCAGCCAAUUACUGUUCCUGUUACGACUCCUGAGAAAGCAACUUGCCCAGCUGUUCCUGAGCCUCAGAGGGAUGCAGAACCAGAGGGUGUGCUCGAUAUACGUACUCUUCGUGAAAAGAGUAAGAAUCUGGACCUGCCACUCAUAUCUGCAUUGUGCAAUGACCGCUCCUUGCUGGAACAGACAAAUGCUUUUGUAAUGCCGAGACAUCCCCGUCGCCGUCAGCCCUCAAGAUCUUCAGAAGUAACUACAGAAGUCCCAGCCAGUGUAGAGGUGCCAUCUUCAAAUGUAGGUAGUGGGAAUGGCAGCAGGAAACUCUCAGGUGUAAGUGGUGGAACACUUCUAUCAGGACUUGGGACAAGCAAGCUCAAGUAUCCUGUGUCAGGAUUGUCCACAACACAGAUUUCUAAGCCCAGAAGGAAGGCAUCAUCAGGAACACAUGUUCACACUCAUCCCUGCUCUUCAGUGAGCACAAGUUCUGGUGCUAUAAAGAACGAGGGAAGGAAUGUGGGUCGCAGAGAUACCAUAAUGCCAUGACAAGAUGUGGACUUUUACUGUCAUUGGCAUCAAAAUAACAGAGGCACAGUGUGACUGAGAAAACAUUUACUCUGUUGUAACAUAUGAAAUAAUUAAUGUGUCUGUAGUUUUACUCAAAAAUGAACUAUUGUUUCAGAUGAGAAAAUUUUAUGUGAGUACUUUUGUGAGUUAAGUUGUACAUGCAGCAGGGAAAUGUAUGUGGAAUAUGUGGUAACUCAACACAUAUAUAUUAAAAACAGGGUACUUUCUUUUUCUUUUCAUUUAUAGAAAUAUUGGUUUGUAGGAUGGCAGUACAGAAGGAUUGCACCCAAUAGAUUUUUCCCCCCUGUAGUAGUGCUUGGCGGACAUGGUGUGGAUGGUGGAGAUAGAAGAACCAACAAAAGAGAAGCAAAAAUUGUUAGGUUUAAGGCAACUCUCCUCACUAGCAUAUUCUGUGAAAGCUUCAGCAACUGCUGCAUCCCACAUCCAUUUGAAGCUGCUACCCAGCCAAGCAUUGGCCUCCCUCUACUAUGUUUACUCUCACAUUCUCCUCCAUUGCAAUAUUAACAUUACUGGAUGGCUGACAUCCUAUCAACCAGUCCCUCAUCUUAGUCAAGUUGUGCCAUUAAUUCCCCCCCCCCCCCCCCCCCCCCCCCCGAUCAAUUGAGUGCCUCCUCAUUAGUUCUCCAGUCUAUCCACCUAAUUGCUGAUAGAAAGGACAAUGAACUAUCCCAGCUAUGAGAAGUCUUAGUUUAUUCCUUGGGUAUAAAGAGGGAUAGAUUGAUAAAGGUUAGAAAAGACUCUCAUACUCCAGGAGGAGAGGGACCCAUCUGUUGUUUAUACAUUUAUCUAAUUGAUGGAUAUAAGACUACUGAAAAACAGAUGAAUAUCUUCUAUCUCAUUGAAUAUUUGAAUAUUUGGUGCUUCAGACUAAAACACAAUUUGUGCCCAUUCAUGACCUGAGAAGAUAACAAACCAUGUGCAGGUGCGCACGUGUGCCCCUCCCCCCCCCCCCCCCCCCCCUCCCCACACACACACACAGACAACAGAGCAAAUUAUUAGACAUGUAUCAUAAUCUCUCACAACACCAAAUGUUUACAUGAAGCACUAAGUUAGAAGGCACAAAAACUGCACAAAUGACAGAUAAGGGUUUUGAAUGAAUUUUAAGAAACUUGGUGUUGUUUCAGUCAUUGUUUUAUGUAAAGAUGAUUGAAAAUUAAUACCAAUUUUAUUAGAACAGAAUUUCACUUUAUGUCACAGUCUUGACAAAACAUCAUCUUAGAACUGUCUUCUCUUAUCUCCUAAUGACCCAUUAUUUGAGAUUGUUCCUCAUGCUCUCAUCAGAACUGUUUCAUCAUUCUGUAAUAAUGAAUAACAACCGCACUACACAAAGGUCCUUGGGAUCUGAAUUUUCUUGAAUCUUACAUUUUAGCAAAAUACCCAGAGAUGUUGUAUGUUAAAUUUGACUGACUUGUCUUACUCCAUUUUUGGUCAGGUAACUGGAUUUUCUUUCCUCUUUCUUCCUCCUCCUCCUCUUUAUCUCUAUCACCACUUCUCCUCUUUUUCUCAUUCAUUCUUUAUUUCUGUCUCCUUUUUUCCCUCCAUUCUAGAAUGUAACAAUUCCAGUAUGGUGCAUUCUUGUUUCUGAAUAAACCAAUUCUAAUGGGAAACUUUCAUGAAAAGAUAGUGAUGGAAGCUGAAGAAAUGAAAAGCUUAUACCCUGAAAUAAUUACCGCUUAGAAAGUUAUUUUAUAUUUUUAAAUCUAAGAUUUGUGUCCGUGAAGCAUUGCUCUAAGGAUUUGUAAAUAUUAGAAAAUAUAGGUGUUCUCCGAAAGUUUAUGUUGCCAUAAAUAUUCAGGUUAGAACACUAAAGGAAAGACAGAGUAUUUCUUAAUUUCUAACAAGAUAUAAGAAUUCCACAACAUUAUCCCUGCAGCAUUGUGAAAUGUACCUGCUAUUCCCUGUGUCUCUGUUACGUCACUAUCUGCAGCUAUGCGAAUACAGUUAGUGACAUAUUCACUUGAGGCUAUUACUGUUAAGUUUUAUUCCCUUACAGAUGUUUUUAUUACAGUUCAGUCUUAAAGCAAUUGCUUGGUGCUUAGCACAGUCUCUGAAAUCUUGGCCUUCACUUGUGUUCACGAUGAGAAUUAGAAGAUAUAGAAACUUAAAAUAAUUUACAUUUUGCUGCUGUUGUGAUAUACAUGACCUUAGGGGCAAAUUGUAAUGGAUUUUCAAAAUGGUGGAUGAUUUAACAGUUUGUAUGUAUCCGUUAGUUUUUCUUGUUGGUGAACCUGAGUGGAUGCUAUCUGAACUUUGGUCAGAGACUGGGCAUAAGCCAACAGACAAAAAAUAUCUAUGACAGCAUUAUCAUAAUUUCUGUUAUACUUAUGCAUUUGAUACAUUUAUUAAUCAUUAAUGUGGUUGAAUGCAUUUACUGCACUAUAGAUAAGGAGAUUUAGCAUUUUGAUUGUUGCAUAAAGCAAAUAGCUGCAAAAGUAUGAGAGUCUGGACUGGAGAGCUCUACUCCACUCACUAUUCCAUCUGAAUUUGCAACAGUAGCUGCAGAAAGGAAAAUGCACCCACUGAUUUACUUCCUACAUGCAAUGCUUAUAUGUACUGAAAUUUGAUUAAGUAUGGACUUGUGACAUCAAUUCUUGUAGGAGUGAAAACUGUUACUUCAUCUGCAGGUGUAGUGUAAAAGCAGUGGGUGACUGUGCUCCUCCAUAGAAUAUUGUGUCAGUUUUUAAAGAAAAUAAGUUGUAAGUGACAUAAUGUUUGUCAUUUCAACUGCCAAGUAUUUAUGCACUGGAAUGGAACUUGUAUUGUAAUUGUAUCAUUGAACAGAGACAUUACCUCAUUCUAUGGAGGGUGUUUUGAGUGAUGAAAUUGAUUAUUAUGAAAGUUGAAUUACAUGAAUCGUAACUGAAGAUUUAAAAUUAUAAAGCUUCUGUUGUAAGAAGCUUUUAUAUUAAUAAAUAGAUAUAAAUAACUGAAAUACAAAUAUAUUCUCCAAAUUACAGUGUUUUUGAGCUCAACAAUCCAUUCAAAACUUUUUACAAGCUAUGGCUUAGCUUUCAGCCCAUAAAUUUGUGUUAUAACCCACCGACCGAGCCACUUAAACCUAAUUACCAUACAUCCACACAAGUAAUUUUAAUUGCCAUGUCUUCCUAUGAAAUUAUAGACAAUUUGCAUGAUUUAUUUAGAUAACAUAGUUACCAAAAUAUGGAACCUUCUGACUAGGAUUCAAUUUCCAAUUUCAAGAACACAUACUGAAUUUUGUGGGAAGUUCUAAACUGUAUACCAUAUGCUCACAGUUAACUUAAUUUGACAAGCUAAGAUACAAGAUUAUAGGAAGAGUUGGUGCUAUCUUAUGCUAUUUAAGUUGGCUCUUCAUGUGUAAAGCUUGACAAAUACCCAUUAAAUUUCUUGGAAACCAGGGCAAUGCUACAUCAGAAGUGCUAGCAGUGUGGAAUUCAGAUGUAACUGAUCUAACUAUUAUAAUUUGAAAGGAUGGAAAAAUGUUAUGUUUCUGCUUCACCAUUCAACAUGUAUUUUAAAGCUUGCGUACAAAACUAAGUAGUUACCUUAGUGGAAAUGUACAUUUAUACUUGUGUUUGUUGUACUUGGAUUCUCAGUUUAAUCCAAACACCACAGAAAACCAAGAAGAACUUUUUAAACUAUUUUGCAUAGUACUGCACUAAAGUAUUACAGAAAUAUUAAUAUAAUCACUUAUGAAAUUACAUUGUAUGUCAAAAAAUAAAUGCAAACAUUCCAUUCUCUGAUCUGGCAAUGGAUUAGGAAGAAAAGGAACAGUACGACAUUUAUUUAUAUUAUUUUCCAUACUGCUACACCUCUGCUACUUCAGAUAGUAAAUUAUUUGUAUAUCUUUACCAAUAACCAUUACUGAAUGGCAUUAUCACUUCCCUUUUUAACUCACUAACAAUUUAUUUGAAGCUUUGCAAGCUUCUGUUUCUCAGGGUGCCAUUUUAGUCUGUUUCCAUACAUUUCUUAAUUUAAUGACUGUAUGUACGUAUGUAAUUGUUCAAACAUAAUUGGUUUUCAUGGCCACAUUUCAUUGUAAAAAUGUCAAUUGCUCAACUUUUUGUCUUUAAUCAUCGUGUAUGUGAGCCUGCAUAAACAAACAUUAUGUGUAUAAAAGCAUCGUGAUGUAUCAUCA